CCCGUAUACGGAGUGCGAAGGUAUGAUUAGGUACCUCCUACUUGCUCUGGCGGCUGGCUGAAUUGGGAUAGCGGGCUUAUCGGUGGAAAUGCUCCCUCAUGUUUAUGGGUCGCUCUAUAUCUUAUGCCAACUCAUCUAAAUGGCUGUUUGUCGGUCAUAACAGAGCGUUUCGUGCGUUGUUCUGCGUUGAUCGGUAUAAAAAGUGCUCUUGAAGUUUUUACCCGUUUCAGUUCACUGCCGGUGAUCGAUUGAAUUGUACGCGCGCGCGCUGAACGCCUCGGGCUGUAUGGUGAUAGACAAGAAGAGCUGUAGAAUCGGAACAACGCCACGCAGUGUUGAUUAAUCACACGUCGUCGGUCCGAAGGCGCGAGAAAAUGCCAUUGACUUAUCAGCGGCGAGUAGUUUUGUUCUUUUUCGGAGGACCCUGAUGCUGGACUGUAUUGGAAUAGUGAUUGCUUCAGGGGAGCAGAAACAACGGAAAAGAAUCUUCCAGUUCAUCAACGCGUAGGAAAUCGAAGGAGCGAUAGAAGCGACCAGAUUUCAGUGCUAGUGAAAGUGGAUUUGGGUUAAGAUCAGCUGCAGUUUGAACGCGCAGGGAAAAGCGCAGUGCUUAGUGGUGCAAUCAGUUGGAAGUGAAAUUCGGCGCAAAAAUGGGCAACACGAAUCACGACAAACAUGUGGUGGAAGUGCCAUGGCGUCCACAGCCAACCGACGAAGAAAUCAUGGAAAAUAUGUUAAAGGUGCGGUACGAGCAUGCCAAAUCUCUGAAGAAGGAUUACUCUCAUUUGUUCAGAACCAAAUCCCGCCUGGAGCUCAUCCGGCUAUCCGUUUACCAGAUCGGCGUGGAGUUUUGCUACGCAGCCGAAACGGCAUUCGUCAGUCCCAUCCUACUCGGAAAUGGCCUCCAGUACACCUUCAUGACGAUGGUGUGGGCCUUCGCACCGACUCUGGGCUUCCUGUGCGCUCCGUUGGUUGCUUCCUUUAGCGAUCAGCUUCGGAGCGGCUGGGGUAGGCGUCGACCCGUUCUGCUGAUGCUCGGACUGGCUGUGAUUGUGGGUUUGCUGAUUCUACCGCAUGGCAAAGAGGUCGGGAUCUUCCUAGGGGAUGACGACGUACCAGUGGAUCAGAUGAACGGCUUCCGGUGGGGAGUGCUUAUUACGGUGAUUGGGUUGAUACUGACGGAUUUCGACAUCGAAACAAGCAGCGGCGUUGGACGGACGUACUUCAUGGAUGUGUGUAUUGCGGGCGAUCACGCUCGUGUUCUAACAACGGCAAUGAUCAUCGGUGGAGUCGGUGGUGCCGCAGGUUACACACUCGGAGCUAUUGACUGGCAGCAAACCGAUGUGGGAUCUCUACUGGGAAGUAACGAAGCGACGGUAUUUGCCGGUGUCGUGAUAGUACUUGCACUUGCUUUGCUCAUUACACUGACCAGUUUCCGGGAAGCACCACUUCCGCUGAUGGAACAGGACCCUCUGUUAAAGCCCGUUACCCCAAAGAUGUUCGAAGCGGAGAAGAAUCGCCAGCUGACACUUUACAGUAUCACCGGUACGCUAGUGACGCCGAAAAAGCCUGAGCACGUUCCAGUGUCUUUGGAGGAUGAAGAGGAGGAGAAACCAUUAACGUUUUUGGAUUUCUUCAAAAACUUACGUCGCAUGCCACGCUCGUUAGCUGUUUUGUAUUUGACGCAGUUCUUAGCACAGGCGGGCUACAUGAGCUACUGUCUCUAUUUUACGGAUUUUGUCGGAAGCACGGUUUUCGGAGGAGACGUUACGGCUCUUGACGGAUCACCGGAACUGAAGCUAUACGACCAGGGCGUCCGUUUUGGUUGCUGGGGUAUGGCAUUGUUUGCAAUCAGCACCGCAAUUUACUCGCUGGUCAUCGAACGGGUAAUCAAAUGCUUCAGUGCUCGGUUCGUUUUGGUCGGCGGUUUGCUGGCAUUCAGCGUCGGGAUGCUUCUGAUGGGCAUCAUCAACACCAAGUGGAUGGUGCUCGUGUGUGGCGUGACCGUGGGCAUCAUGUACGCUACCAUUUACAGCGUGCCUUUCCUGUUGAUCUCUCAGUACCAUGCCCGGAAUUCGUUUGCCAUGAAGGAUGGAAAAAUGGUUGAAAGCGAACAAAGAAGGGGAUUCGGAGCUGACGUAUCCAUGCUGAGCAGCAUGCUGUUCCUCGCACAGCUCCUAAUUUCACUCGCCAUCGGCAGCGUGAUUGAUGCUCUCGAAACAUCGGCCGUAAUCGUCUAUUCGGCCAGUAUAUUCUCGUUCCUCGCCGCAAUUUCUGCAACCCAGAUACUCUACUUGGAUGGCUAACGCACAUCACACCCAGUCUACUGCUAGUGCUGCGGCCCGCACACGGGUGGUGUGUUCGCAGCUGAAUCAAUCAACUGAUGGAAGAGGAUGGCUGCAGAGAUCGUCCGAGUUUGCGGUUAGGAAGAGGCACCGGAGGAGAACGACGACGACGACGUGCAAUAGAUGACCAGGGCGCCGCCACAGGUGGUGCUCGAAUGAAAUGUGAUACUGAAUGUGCCUUCUCUACCUCUUUUAGUGUUUAGUAACUUAUUGCUUGAACUGAGUGCGUGAUGGAAUAACAAUCAAUUAAUGUAGAACUACAAUCUCAUAAUAAGCUCAAAUAUAAUACUUAAUUGAGCUAAGUUCGAUCAUUUAUUGUUGUGUUUGUACCGCUGCACUUUUCAAUAUUCAGUGUGUCACGCAAUUCCAUUUCGAUACGGCAGAAAUAUACAUUAUUAUUUAAAUAA